AUGACUGGCCUGCAGCAUGGCGAUGCCACGGGAUGGGGUACUUUGCUCUUUGCUGGCUCGACGCGCCAACAAGAGGUCUUCCUUCCUGGACAGCCUGCGAUUUUUUCCAACCGCAACAACCCCACGAACUUUACACCUAGGUCGAGCUGCGCUUGA